GACUUCAGUAUCCUUUUCCAUUUCUUAAUCUUCACCGUUAACACUUUAAACCUGAAAGUAAAAGACAAUGAAAGUUUCUGCUCUUCUAUUUUACGCUACUGCUUUAUACAGGUGCUUUUCAGCCGGUGUUGAACCCUCUGGGAAACCUGUUCCUAAAGGGGUAUCUAAUGUGGUACCAUUGAAUGUUAAACCCCCUGUGAUGCCGAAACCGACUCUGAGAGCCGGUGGGAAAUCAGAGCCUGCUCCAUUAUCAUCGUCUGAAGUUCCUCCACCAAUUCCAGCCAUAGGAAGAGCGGCUAAAGAACGUAAAAAGGACAAUUCAGACCUAAGAAAGAUAACAAUAGCUGCAAUGGGAACAAGUUCAAACGAAAAGAUUAUUUUGGAUCUCAGCAAAGCUGAAAAUCGUGGUAUAAAUAAAGACUGCACAAAUAAAACUCUUAAUGAUGAUGAAGAUGUUAAAGUACCGCAUUAUGUUUAUACAGUAGAAUCAGAUAAGGAUCUUGUUAAAAUAGUAGACGAUAAACGUGUGAUAUGGGAUGCUAAGGGAACAGGCGCUAGGGUAUUCUAUGCCAUUCUCAUACUUAAGGAUGGCCACAAAUUCCUUUCGUUCCGUGCUUCUACUGGGAGCUAUAAGCUUGAAACAAAGUUUGCAAGUGACUUUAGUGGAAAGUGGGAACUUGUCAAUGAAUUCGAUCACAACACUCAGUUGGCUGGUACUGUUGUGGUACCAACUUGCUUAUAUCUUUCUAACCCAGACCAGAAACUUGUAGAUGUAAAGAAUAUCUCAGUAGAAGGUGUAAAAGGUCUGAAAUAUCAAGCAAAGGACGUCAAUAAGGGAAUAACUUGUAUAUUCGAACGAGAACCCGAAGAACAUUCUGCCAAAGAAGAUGUUCCAGCGCCAAAAUCAGAAGCUGAUAAGCCAGCAGAACCGACUGUUAAGCUUACAGGAGCUGCUGCAUUAAUCGCUUCUGAUUUUGAAGAUUUUUCAGACUUUGAGGAUGAUGAUGCAGAAGAUGAAACUAAUAGUAGUCAUAUUUGGGGAACUAAAAUCGACGGACAAAGAUGCGUUGAGAUUUCUGUAUUUUCCGACACAAAGGGACCAAAUGUUCUCUCCUUGAGCAUAAUAAAUCCAGAUGGGUUAACUUUGCUUCAGUAUCUAGUUAAGGACAGGGGAUUCUGGAAGUUGACUAGCAGGGUCAAGUAUCUUGAACAGCUCAAGAGUCUGUAA